AUGAUAAGAGGUGUGAUGCGCGGUAUUAACCUGAGCGGAGGCCAGAGACAGAGGAUCUGUGUGGCGAGAGCUCUCUAUCAACACACCAACAUCGUAUUCCUGGAUGACCCGUUCUCUGCGCUGGAUAUCCACCUGAGUGACCACCUGAUGCAGGAGGGGCUGCUGAAGUUCCUGCAGGACGACAAACGAACUGUAGUGCUGGUCACACACAAGCUGCAAUACCUGAUACACGCAGACUGGAUCAUUGCUAUGAAGGAGGGCCAUGUGUUGCGCGAGGGCACCCUAAAGGAUAUCCAGAAUAACGACGUGCAGCUGUACGAGCACUGGAAGACACUCAUGAACAGACAAGACUCCGAGCUGGAGAAGGAUACGGAGCUGGAGAGCCUGACAACCCUGGAGAGGAAAACACUGAGGAGGGCAUUCUACUCACGAGAGGCCAAAACACAACUAGACGAUGAGGACGAAGAGGAGGAAGAGGAGGAGGAAGAGGACGACAACUUGUCCACCACCACUAGUAGGCGCUCCAAGAUCCCCUGGAAGGUCUGCUGGCGAUACCUAUCCUCAGGUGGUUUCCUGAUGGUGUUACUGAUGGUGUUCUCUAAGCUCCUGAAGCAUUCCGUGAUGGUUGCUAUUGACUACUGGUUGGCCCACUGGACCUCCGUCAACAGAACCAGCGACGCCAGCGUAACCAACGGCAACAGCAGCGACACUGCCCCCGGCCUCACCGGAUUGGCCAACUUAACAGACGCCUUCUCUAAUGUGACUGGUUCCUAUGGCAACACCACUGCAGAGGCCUACUACAAUGAGCAUCGCUACUACUACGUGUCUGUGUUCAGUAUCCUGUGUGGGGCCGGUAUUGCCCUGUGUCUCAUCACGUCUCUGACUGUGGAGUUCCUUGGACUCACCGCCGCCACAAACCUGCAUCACAACCUGCUCAACAAGAUCAUACACGCACCGCUAAGAUUCUUUGAUGUCACCCCUCUGGGCCAGAUCCUGAAUAGAUUCUCAGCUGACACCAACAUCAUCGAUCAGCAUAUUCCUCCAACUCUGGAGUCGUUGACGAGGUCGACGCUGCUGUGCCUGUCUGCUAUCGGGGUCAUCGCCUUCGUGACCCCGGCCUUCCUGGUUGCCAUGCUCCCCAUCACCGUCUGCUUCUACUUCAUACAGAAGUACUUCCGGGUCGCCUCCAAGGAUCUGCAGGAUCUGGAUGACUCCACACAGCUUCCUCUUCUCUUCCACUUCUCAGAGACGGCCGAGGGACUCACCACCAUACGGGCCUUCAGGCAUGAGUCGCGCUUCAAGCAGCGAAUGCUGGAGCUGACGGACACCAACAACACGGCGUACCUCUUCCUCUCUGCUGCCAACCGGUGGCUGGAGGUCAGAACUGACUACCUGGGUGCCUGGAUCGUGCUGGCUGCAGCGGUGGCCUCCAUCAUUACGUUCCCGCUCCACAAAGACCAGCAGGUCAUCCAGGUGGGACUCGUAGGACUCGGACUCACUUACGCUCUCACGGUGACCAACUACCUGAACUGGGUGGUGCGUAACCUUGCCGACCUUGAGGUGCAGGUGGCGGCCGUGAAGAAGGUCAACAGCUUCCUGGGCAUCGAGUCCGAGAACUACGAGGGAACCAUGGGUGUGAAGGUGCCUGAAGACUGGCCACAGCAAGGAAAGAUCGAAAUUAAGGACUUGUGUGUUCGCUACGACCAGACGCUCAAACCCGUACUCAAACACGUCAACGCUCUCAUCAGCCCCGGCCAGAAGGUGGGCAUCUGUGGUCGAACAGGAAGUGGGAAGUCUUCCCUCUCACUCGCAUUCUUCAACCUGGUGGACGUCUUCCAAGGUGACAUCACUAUCGAUGGCAUCAAUAUCUGUGAGCUGCCUCUUCAGACUCUCAGGUCGCGACUCUCCAUCAUCCUUCAGGAUCCCGUACUCUUCAGCGGCACCAUACGGUAA